AUGAUUGCCCGUCGCGGCGUCUCGCUGCUCAAGGCUAUGCUGGGUGCGGAGCAGCAAGGCUCCUGGCGAAAACACCCUGCGACCGAGUCAUGCGAAGCACAAGUACGUCUUAAUGGCGGUGGCUUGGAUAUUGCAACCAUCAUUCAGACAUUCUACCGGCAAGACCAGGAGAGCUACUCCAAUCAGUCGCCAUCGCGGCUUGACCGUUCCUCUACGACAAAGCCUUCAAAUCACGAACAUUGGCCGAGUGUGAUGCAUCAGGGGCCUAUUUCCAUUCCGACUGACGAGCUCCUCGUUCCGUUCGGUGUAGAAUAUGCAGAAGGACUAGACGACAUUCUCAGUCUCGCGACAAACUAUCUGAAUUGA